UACUUCAGCCAACAACCCCAGUAACACCGACUGCUCAGGCAAUCCUCGGCGUCUCCCCUACUACUACUACUACUACUCCUACUGCUAUCUAUUCAACCAGCAAGUAAAAAAGACAAAGAAAAACUCAAAAUGCCUCCUACUCGCAAUAUCGGCCGCGCUCCUCCUCCUCCUACCGGGAGAGGAAGACAUUCUGGCGGUGGGAAGACUGUUGGUGGAAAGUCUGCUUCUGGCCUUGGGAAGGGGGUUGGGCUUAGUCGUUUGAGGCGUCAGAGAAAGAUCCACAGAGAUUCAGUGCACGGUAUUACCAAGGGUGAUCUUCGUCGUCUUGCUAGACGUGGUGGGGUCAAACGUAUCUCGGCAGCCAUUUAUAAUGAGAUGCGCGGUGCCAUGACCGAUCGCCUCAAAAAGAUCCUUCAUUCAUGUACCAUUUACCUUGAGCACGCCAAUCGCAAGACCAUUACGGUUACUGAUGUUAUCCAUUCCCUUAAGAGACUCGGAAACCCUAUAUAUGGAUUUGACAAGGAUUGGGAAAAUAAGUCCAGAAAGGUUCUGAAAAAGUAAUCGGCAUUGGUAGGAUGGUGUACAGGUUUUUUUUCUUCGAUUCCCUUGCUGGUAUGCAAGUUCCGGUGUUUUUUUUGUUUUUUUUUCCAUUUUUAUCCUUAAAAAACAUAUAGCCCACUUCUAGCUAUCUCUACUCAAACAAGCGGUUCGCAAUUUCCAUUACCAAUUUGUUCUGUUCCGGCCACAC